UUCGUCCGGGUGGUAGGAAACACUCCAGUCUCCAACUCGACGUGUCCGGAAAGCCCUGGCCAGUUUCCCUUUCGUUCUGCAGCCGCUGCUGCCAGCGCGCGGCUCCCUCAGACCCGCGGGCGCAGCCGCCCGGGGUGAGGCGCCUGGGGGCCGCGGGCCGAGCGGCGGGGCUCCCCGAGCACCAUGCUGGACCCGUCUUCCAGCGAAGAGGAGUCGGACGAGGGGCUGGAAGAGGAGAGCCGCGAUGUGCUGGUGGCGGCCGGCGGCUCGCAGCGAGCAGCGCCGGCCCCAGCUCGGGAAGGGCGGCGGGACGCGCCGGGACGCGCGGGCGGCGGCGGUGCGGCCAGACCCGUGAGCCCGAGCCCCUCGGUGCUCAGUGAGGGGCGAGACGAGCCCGAACGGCAGCUGGACGAGGAGCAGGAGCGGAGGAUCCGCCUGCAGCUCUACGUCUUCGUCGUGAGAUGCAUCGCGUAUCCCUUCAACGCCAAGCAGCCCACCGACAUGGCCCGGCGGCAGCAGAAGCUGAACAAGCAACAAUUGCAGUUACUGAAAGAUCGGUUCCAAGCCUUCCUCAACGGGGAAACCCAAAUCAUAGCCGAUGAAGCAUUUUGCAAUGCGGUUCGGAGUUACUAUGAGGUGUUUCUGAAGAGUGAUCGAGUGGCCAGGAUGGUUCAGAGUGGAGGAUGUUCUGCUAAUGACUUCAGAGAGGUGUUUAAGAAAAACAUAGAAAAACGUGUGCGGAGUUUGCCAGAAAUUGAUGGCUUGAGCAAAGAGACAGUGCUGAGUUCAUGGAUAGCCAAAUAUGACGCCAUUUACAGGGGUGAAGAGGACUUGUGCAAACAACCAAAUAGAAUGACCCUAAGCGCUGUAUCUGAACUUAUUCUGAGCAAGGAACAACUCUAUGAAAUGUUUCAGCAGAUUCUGGGUAUUAAAAAACUAGAACACCAACUCCUUUAUAAUGCGUGUCAGCUGGAUAAUGCAGAUGAACAAGCAGCCCAGAUCAGAAGAGAACUUGAUGGUCGUUUGCAAUUGGCAGAGAAGAUGGCAAAGGAAAGAAAAUUCCCUAAAUUUAUAGCAAAAGAAAUGGAGACUAUGUAUAUAGAAGAGUUGCGGUCUUCAGUGAAUUUGCUAAUGGCCAAUUUGGAAAGUCUUCCAGUUUCGAAAGGUGGUCCAGAAUUUAAAUUGCAAAAAUUAAAACGUUCACAGAAUUCUGCAUUUUUGGACAUAGGAGAUGAGAGUGAGAUUCAGCUGUCAAAGUCCGACGUGGUGCUGUCAUUCACCUUAGAGAUUGUCAUAAUGGAAGUGCAAGGUUUGAAGUCAGUCGCCCCCAAUCGAAUUGUUUACUGUACAAUGGAAGUGGAAGGUGGAGAAAAACUGCAGACAGAUCAGGCUGAAGCCUCAAGGCCACAAUGGGGAACUCAAGGAGAUUUCACCACUACCCAUCCUCGGCCUGUGGUCAAAGUAAAACUCUUCACGGAAAGCACUGGGGUCCUGGCCCUUGAAGAUAAAGAACUGGGAAGGGUAAUAUUAUAUCCAACUUCUAAUAGCUCCAAGUCUGCUGAGUUGCACAGAAUGCUAGUUCCAAAAAAUAGCCAGGACUCGGACUUAAAAAUCAAAUUGGCAGUGCGAAUGGAUAAGCCACCGCAUAUGAAACAUAGUGGAUAUCUGUAUGCCCUUGGACAGAAGGUUUGGAAAAGAUGGAAAAAACGUUACUUUGUUCUUGUACAGGUUAGCCAGUACACUUUUGCCAUGUGCAGUUAUAGAGAAAAAAAGUCUGAACCACAAGAGUUAAUGCAACUUGAAGGAUACACUGUGGAUUAUACAGAUCCCCACCCAGGCCUUCAGGGUGGUCAGAUGUUCUUUAAUGCUGUUAAAGAAGGAGAUACUGUAAUAUUUGCCAGUGAUGAUGAACAGGAUAGAAUAUUAUGGGUUCAAGCCAUGUAUAGGGCCACAGGUCAAUCAUAUAAACCCAUUCCUGCAAUUCAAACCCAGAAGCUGAAUCCUAAAGGAGGAACUCUCCAUGCAGAUGCUCAGCUUUAUGCAGACCGUUUUCAGAAACAUGGUAUGGAUGAGUUUAUUUCUGCAAAUCCUUGCAAGCUUGACCACGCCUUCCUUUUUAGAAUACUCCAGAGGCAGACUUUGGAUCACAGACUGAAUGAUUCCUAUUCUUGCUUGGGUUGGUUUAGCCCUGGCCAAGUUUUUGUGUUAGACGAGUACUGUGCCCGUUAUGGUGUGAGAGGCUGUCACAGGCAUCUCUGCUACCUUACAGAACUGAUGGAACAUUCAGAAAAUGGUGCUGUUAUUGACCCAACCCUGCUCCAUUACAGCUUUGCAUUCUGCGCCUCUCAUGUGCACGGCAACAGGCCUGAUGGAAUUGGAACUGUUUCAGUGGAAGAAAAAGAGAGAUUUGAAGAGAUAAAAGAAAGACUCUCUUCCCUUUUAGAAAAUCAGAUAAGCCAUUUCAGAUACUGUUUUCCCUUCGGACGACCUGAAGGUGCUCUAAAAGCUACACUUUCGUUGCUUGAAAGGGUUUUAAUGAAAGAUAUUGCCACUCCCAUACCAGCAGAAGAGGUGAAAAAAGUGGUCAGAAAAUGUCUUGAGAAAGCUGCCUUGAUCAAUUACACUAGACUCACAGAAUAUGCCAAAAUAGAAGGCCCAGCAGAAAAGGAAACAGAGACCAUGAACCAGGCAACUCCUGCUAGAAAGCUGGAAGAGGUUCUUCACCUAGCAGAGCUCUGCAUAGAAGUCUUACAGCAGAAUGAAGAGCAUCAUGCAGAGGGAAGAGAGGCAUUUGCUUGGUGGCCCGAUUUAUUGGCAGAGCACGCAGAGAAAUUUUGGGCUUUAUUCACAGUGGAUAUGGAUACUGCGCUGGAGGCUCAACCACAAGACUCCUGGGAUAGUUUUCCUCUUUUCCAACUGCUUAAUAAUUUCCUCAGAAAUGACAUGCUUUUAUGUAAUGGAAAAUUUCACAAACACUUGCAAGAAAUCUUUGUGCCCUUGGUUGUCCGCUAUGUGGAUCUCAUGGAGUCCUCCAUCGCCCAGUCAAUUCACAGAGGUUUUGAGCAAGAGACGUGGCAGCCUGUCAAGAAUAUCGCCAACAGUCUUCCCAAUGUAGCUCUUCCAAAAGUUCCAAGUCUGCCUCUUAAUCUUCCACAGAUUCCUAGCUUUUCUACUCCUUCAUGGAUGGCUUCUUUAUAUGAGUCCACCAACGGCUCAGCAACAUCAGAAGACCUUUUUUGGAAGCUUGAUGCACUGCAGAUGUUUGUCUUUGAUCUACACUGGCCAGAACAAGAAUUUGCCCACCACUUAGAGCAAAGACUUAAACUAAUGGCCAGUGAUAUGAUAGAGGCCUGUGUCAAAAGAACAAGAACUGCAUUUGAACUCAAGCUGCAAAAGGCAAGCAAAACAACUGACCUGCGCAUUCCAGCUUCUGUGUGUACCAUGUUUAAUGUAUUAGUAGAUGCCAAAAAGCAAAGCACCAAACUCUGUGCCCUGGAUGGAGGACAGGAGUUUGGUAGUCAAUGGCAACAGUACCAUUCAAAAAUAGAUGAUUUGAUUGACAACACUGUAAAAGAAAUCAUUUCACUCCUAGUUUCAAAGUUUGUUUCAGUGUUGGAAGGGGUGUUGUCUAAGCUGUCAAGAUAUGAUGAAGGCACUUUCUUCUCAUCCAUUCUGUCAUUCACUGUGAAAGCCGCUGCAAAAUAUGUUGAUGUUCCAAAACCAGGAAUGGAUCUGGCAGACACCUAUAUUAUGUUUGUUCGGCAAAACCAGGAUAUUCUUCGAGAAAAAAUCAAUGAGGAAAUGUAUAUAGAAAGGCUGUUUGAUCAAUGGUACAGCAAUUCCAUGAAAGUCAUUUGUGUGUGGUUGGCUGAUAGAUUAGACCUUCAGCUUCAUAUUUACCAACUGAAGACGCUCAUCAAGAUUGUGAAGAAAACCUAUAGGGACUUCCGACUGCAGGGAGUGUUGGAAGGCACACUGAACAGUAAGACCUACGAUACUCUGCACAGGCGCUUAACAGUAGAGGAGGCUACAGCCUCUGUUUCGGAAGGAGGAGGACUUCAGGGCAUUACAAUGAAAGACAGUGAUGAAGAAGAAGGCUGAUAACGCACAGCUCUGAGCAAGAGAGGAGGACCUUGACGUUGUUUAUUUUGUACCUUUCCUUGAUUGUUUCCUUUCCGCUGAUUGUUUGGACCAAAUAAAAAUGCUUGUAUUUCACUCCACAUUUAAAAAGUAAACCUGGAAGCAGAGUGAAAGGGGAAAAUACCAAGUAUUUUUUUGAAGAAGAUCAGCCUCUUUUCUGUGUAACUUGACCUAAAAUGAGCUUUGGCUCCAUGUGCGAUUGGAACAUGAGCUUUUUUUUUUCCGGAAGAUUUGACUUUUUUUUCUGUAAUCACAUCAAAGUAAUGUCCUGUGUGUGAAGUGAGAUAUGUGUUUCUCAUAACACAACAUUGUGAGAAGCCAUUUCUGAUCACUGCACCAGCUCUAUCGUACCCUUGUUAAAAUAAUGUGUACCUGGCAGUUUAUCAUUUGUGUGCAAGAUUUGUUUCAUAGUUAAUUACCAUUGUUGUGAGGUGUGUAAAAAACUUUAACCUUGGUUCCUAAUACUCUGAGUUGGCCUGCAGGAGUAUUCCUGGGCUUAAAGGACUGCCAAACCCAAAUAUAGACUAGACUAUCCAGUGGGCUUGUGUCUUGUUCUAUUCUGAAUAUUUCUUUUUUCAAGUGUAAAAAAUCCCUAAGUAUGGUGUAGUAAGUGUCCUGCCAUCAACAUACCAUAUUCUUCUACUUCUCAGUGUAACAGCUUACAGGCAAUAAAAAUCCAUUUGGUCA